AUAGUCGGGUCCAUCUAUCUGUAUUUAAUAAAAAAAAUAUUCUUUACUAGCCUGGUUUUGGCAAAUUUCCCUCUCCAAUGACAAAAAAAGAAAGGGUUAAAAUUUGAGCUGUUCAACUAUAACAACGUUAAGUUUGGUGCGAUCCUUUACUCCCUAUCCUAUGGUGCCUCUCUCAGUCCUCACCCUAUCUACUUUAUUUGAACCUCGGACUUUUUUUAUUUUAUUAAAAACCCAUGAUAAAGACUCGUUAGGAGCAAUAGAAACUGAUGCAAGAAUUACUCAUUGUUAGUAGGUAUGUUUUGUCUAAUUGGCCUUCAGUUUUAUUUUACUCACUAUCAUAACGACAAAAGUUAAUUGUUUGCAGUAUGUAAGCAAGUGUGUUGUCACAGUAACUGUUUAAUUGUUAUUCAUUACAAUAUUAACUAUCGAUAGGUGUUAACAUAUUCAUUACUACAUAAAAAUAUAAGUAUACGUACAUAUCUAUGAAUUGAAAUAAUAAGAAAUAGGUAUAUCAGAAAAAUAUGCUGUCUCCAAAACUAAGUCCCAUCUUGCGGCAAUAUAUAAUAGUAAUUGGUGCCACAUUAAGUAUACUCAGCCCUGGAUUCAGUUUAGGAUGGGGUUCACCAGUCCUGGUGAAAUUGAUGAAAGUGGAAAAUAGUACGGAAAUGAUACUAUCAAAGCCUAUCACCACUGAAGAGGGCUCCUGGUUGGUAUCUAUUGUAUCAUUGAUUAGCAUGUUUGCUAUCGUUCUUAUUCCGUUAGCCAACGUAAUAGGGCGGAAAUAUUGCAUAGUAUUGUCCUGUUUACCAAACAUAAUAGCUGGCCUCAUUUUUGUCUUUUCUGACAAGUUUUGGCUUGUCUUAUUUGGCCGCGGAUUGUGUGGAGUAUCUAUAGGCCUGCUGUUCCCGAUUAUUUCUGUUUAUUCUGCUGAAAUCUCUGAUAAAGAGAUACGUGGAACUUUAUGCUCCUUCAUACAAAUAAUCUGUGCUUUGGGCUGCGUGACUAUGUUCAUCGUUGGACCAUUUAUUUCCUAUAUUAGUUUAAACGUCUUAUAUACUUGUAUCACUAUAGUCAGCUCCAUUCCGUCGCUGUUUAUACCUCGAAGUCCAUAUUUUUUGUAUUCAAAAGGUCGAAUACAAGAAUCACUUCAAGUUCUAACAAUGUUACGAGGUUCAGAAGAACGAGCAAAAGAAGAAAUUGAACAAUAUUCAUUGUACAAAAGAGAAAAUGAAAUCGAAAUAUCUAAAAAGAUUUAUAAAGAGAAAACAUUUUGGAAAGCCAUUUUCAUAUCACUAACACUAGCCAUUCUAUCGCAAUGUUCAGGAUAUAAUUCGGUAUCUUUCUAUUUACUAACUGUAUUAGAAUCUACGGAAACUAGUAUUAGUCCAGGGAUUGCUUCAGCUGUGGUAGGUGGGAUACAAUUGUUUGGCGCCUGCAUAACAGCCUGUAUCGUUGAUAAGUUUGGAAGAAAGAUGAUAUUGUUUAGUUCAUUCAUUGGAAUUGCACUUGGAAUGUGUGGUUUGGGAACAUUUUUCAAAAUAAAGGAGACCCAGGAAAUUCAUGGAAUACUAAACUUUUUGCCAAUCAUAUCAAUAAUAUUCGUUAUAUUCAGCUUUAUAGCAGGUCCAGCUUCAAUUCUGUUCACAUUAGCGGCGGAGUUGUUCGACAGGCCAGCGAAAACUGUGGGAACCUCGAUAGCAAUUUUAGUAAAUAUGCUAUUUAUGUUUCUAGCCAUCAAGUACAGCGGUAUUAUUACCAGUUACGUGGGCGUAGUUUGGAGUUAUUGGAUGUAUAGUUGUAUUUCUAUGUUGAGUUGUUUGUUUGUUAUAAUUUUUAUACCAGAGACGAAGGGGAAGAGUUUUGCCGAAAUACAGGACAAGUUAAAAACGGGGAAGUCAAAGAUGUCAUUUCACGUGGUUACAAUACGAUCGUAGAGUACAAUCUGUUUUAUUAAAACUUAAGGAAAAUGUUAACAAAUAAAUAAUUGAUUCGAUUGAUCCAUUGAUGACAUAGUUUAUUGAUGUCCAACAGCAUCUAGUAUACAUAGAAUGUCGACUAAUUGAUCUGAUAUUUCGAAUUGUUACUGAUUUUAUAUAGAAAGUGUUUCUCUGAUAUUUUUCUACAAAACGUAUUUAUUUACUUUAAUUUGCACCACUUAAAGUAUUUUAUAUAUAAUUCUAAUAUUGCUGUGUGGUCCCGGUAUAGAAUGAAUGAAUGGAAGGGGUGGCCUAUCCCUCCCUUUCCCGUAAGUGUUGUAAGAGGCAACUAAAGGAGGGGGAGAGAUGGGCAGCAGCGUCCCUCUUAAAACUUCUAUAAAGUCUAAUUGCGAUUGCCAAUCCGCCUGGCAAGCAUAGGAAGUACUAGCAAAACCCCCCAAGGGGGAGGUUUAUGUUCAGCAGUGGGCACUUAAAGGCUGAUAUGAUGAAGAUAUAUUUCACUUAUGAAGUUUGCUUGGGUACCUCUGUCCCAUUCGUGUUUCAACCGUGAAGCAGUUUUAUUUGCAUGGCUGUGUUACGGUUUGAGAUAUGGCAGUGAAUUUACAGGGUACAAAAAAAUAACACCUGAGUCCUCAGGAAUGGUAACGCAUGGGGAGUAUCAUGGGCGAAAGAGUAUACUCUGUUAUGUCGAUGGUACUGCUCAUAUCUAUAGGCCACUUUCCAUCAGGUGGGCCGUCAGCUUGUUUGCCAUUCUAUGUUGAAAAAAACAAAAGGUGCAAAGCUCGCUAAAGUAAUCUCUUCCAGACAACCUUUCGGCAGAGGAGAAAGAAAAAAGACGGUAGCUAUUUGACGCGAGAAAUGUAACUAAUAAAAAAAUAGAGACGCUUAUUAUUAAUAACACACGCAAAUAAUUAUAUUUACAUUAUUAUUUAUGGUUACAUUUUCAUUCAAUUGUAUUGAAAUAGACAAUAUUAUUUUUCGUCUCGUUGUAUUGUGGUGCGGGUGACACCUAAAAUUAUUGCUAUGAAGAGAACUGAUUGAUAUUUAGUCACGGUAUAAACUUUGUUUUGAAUCUCUAAGUUACGUUUUAUUUUUUUUAUAUUUUAUGUUCUUAAGGGCCUAUUACACAUUAGAAAGCCCAGUGCAGGUAUAGGUAGCUUGAAUAUUUUCGUAAUUGUAGAUAAAUCGUUUAUUACAUUUUAUGUGUUCAAUCAAGAAAAAUAAAUAUGUUUAUAACUGUAAUAAUUGAUGGAGCAGUAAAUUGACGCGAAUAUUGAUUGUUAUCAAUAAGAGCUCCAAUCUAUUGGUGAUAAGAGUUAUAAUUAAGAGAUUGUCACCCUUAAAUUAUACUGUUACCGUAGUAGUGGACGUAACAGUUCAUUUGUCCAUAUUAUAAAAUUCAAUGGGAUUUUAGUUUAGAUUGGUAUUAGACCUCUAAAAUUUUAGACAGUUGUGUCCAGAAUUCGUUAAAUAAAUAUAAUAUUCAUUGACUGUAUGUACUUUGUUACUGUAUAUCGUAAUUUCUCCCCGUUGUUUCUUACUAACAGAUUUAUAUUAUUACUUAUAGAAUUUUUUAGUCCUACUUACA